AUGAUUCAAUUAAAAUCUAUGCUCAACUGCAUCGACAACUCGGGCGCCGCCCUCGUCGAGUGCGCCAUGGUCAUCGGGCAGAAGCGGCACGCGGGAAUUGGCGACCGCAUUGUUGUUGUUGUGCAGAAGCAUCGCAAUGCGGCAGCGGACGGCUUGGCGGGCAUGUCGGCGGGUAACCGGGUGAAGCGCGGCGACAUCCGGCAGGCGGUGGUGGUGCGGACACGGUACCCAGUGCGGCGCAAGGACGGCAGCGUGCUGCGGUUUGAUGACAACGCGUGCGUGCUGAUCAGCAAGGCGGGCGACCCCGUGGGCACGCGUGUCAACGGUGUCGUGGGCCAGGAGCUGCGGCGAAAGAAGUGGAGCAAGAUUCUGUCGAUGGCGACGAUGCACGCAUGA